ACCUUUGAGCAGGUUAUCGGCAGGAGCCACAAAAACUAGUAUAUAAAGCCUCAUAAUAUCUCCUCCCAACCUAGCAACAUUUAGAGUUGCAAUCUCUCACGCACUGAUCUCAAAAAUCAGCCAUGGAUUCUAUUCUCCUCAAAGGGUUGGAACCUUUUUCCCUGACAGUCUUCUUCAUCGUCCCCUUACUGUUCAUGUUGGGUCUAGUUUUCCGUAUCCGCAGAAGGCUGCCAUAUCCACCGGGGCCUAGAGGUUUUCCGAUCUUCGGUAACAUGGGGUUGAUGAACCAGUUAACCCACCGCGGUUUGGCCAAGUUGGCCAAACAAUACGGCGGAAUCUUUCAUCUCCGGAUGGGGUACUUACACAUGGUGGCCGUGUCCAGCCCCGACGUGGCGCGCCAGGUCCUUCAGGUACAGGACAACAUCUUCUCCAACCGCCCGGCAACCUUAGCAAUCAAGUACCUCACCUACGACCGCGCCGACAUGGCCUUCGCUCACUACGGUCCCUUCUGGCGCCAGAUGCGCAAGCUCUGCGUCAUGAAGCUGUUCAGCCGCAAACGAGCGGAGUCGUGGGAGUCGGUACGCGACGAGGUGGACUCGACCGUGAGGAUCGUGGCGGCCAGCAUCGGCAAGCCUGUGAACGUCGGGGAGCUGGUGUUCGAACUAACGAGGAAUAUAAUCUAUCGGGCAGCGUUCGGGACACUGUCGCACGAAGGACAGGACGAGUUUAUUGGGAUACUGCAGGAGUUCUCCAAGCUGUUCGGAGCUUUCAACAUCGCAGAUUUCAUUCCUUGGCUGUCCUGGGUUGAUCCCCAGGGUAUCAACGUGAGGCUCUUCAAGGCUCGACAGUCUCUGGACGGAUUCAUCGACAACAUCCUCGACGAUCACAUAGCGAAGAAGAAGAAAAAUCAUGGGUCGACGACGGUUAGUGAGGACAGUGAUAUGGUGGAUGAUAUGUUGGCUUUUUACAGCGAGGACGAAAAAGCUAGCGAGUCCGAUGACUCCUUCACACUCACCAAAGAUAACAUCAAAGCCAUCAUAAUGGACGUAAUGUUUGGGGGGACGGAGACGGUGGCGUCAGCAAUAGAAUGGGCAAUGGCCGAGUUGAUGAGGAGCCCGGAGGAUCUAAAGAGGGUUCAGAAAGAGCUCGCCGACGUUGUGGGUCUGGACCGGCGAAUCGAAGAGAGCGACUUCGAGAAGCUAACUUACCUAAAGUGCGCUCUCAAGGAGACUCUACGCCUCCAUCCACCCAUUCCAUUACUCCUCCACGAGACCUCCGAGGAUGCCGAGGUUGCCGGGUACAGAAUUCCGGCCAAGUCCCGCAUCAUGAUCAACGCAUGGGCGAUUGGCAGGGACGGGAACUCGUGGGAGGAUGCUGAGACUUUCAAGCCCUCGAGGUUUCUUAGAGAGAACGUGCCGGACUUCAAAGGGAGCAACUUUGAGUUUAUUCCGUUCGGUUCUGGCCGGAGAUCCUGCCCCGGCAUGCAACUCGGGCUCUACGCGCUGGACUUAGCCGUGGCUCACCUCCUCCAUUGUUUCACAUGGGAAUUGCCGGACGGGAUGAAGCCCAGUGAGCUGGACAUGAACGACGUGUUCGGACUCACUGCGCCGAGGGCGAGUCGACUCAUUGCAGUACCCAGUAAACGGGUGGUGUGCCAACUGGAUUGAGGAAAAGUCCGGAAGGGGAUGGAAACGAGUGGUUUGGAGCAAGCAAGCUAGCUCGCUCGGACAUAUUAAUGCGCAUGGGAUAGAUCAGCAAUGAAAAGGGUCAGAGGUGAUCAAUUUGCAUGGCUUUUUUUCUUUCUCUCUCUUCUCUCUUCUUUUAAUUUUAAAUGUCAAUCUUCUUCUUUCAUUUUGUUUUUAUUAUAUUUGGAAAGUGCCAACACAAUAACCGAUCGAGAAGGUAUCAGAAUUGAGAGGAUUUCAAAUCUUCUUACUCUGUGGAUAAGACCGUACUCUUUCCUUUGAUUUUAUUUUUGGAUAAAACCCAGAAAUAAAUUGUGAAAAUUAUAUCUGAAAAA